UCCUGACAAAAACUUGAAAAGAAAAUCAGAGAGAUUUCUCUUCUUGAUAAUAUAUGAUUUUUUUUAAUUUUAUUUUUUAUGACGUUUGUUUGAGAAGGAGGGGUACCCAUUUCGCUUUAGAUUGAGAAUAAUUCAACAUUAUAACAUUCUGUGAGCUUUCUAGGAUUCAUCUAUCAUCUCUUCGUUUGGAAAACAUUUUUGAUUUUCUUCUUUACCAAUUACUCAAAAUCAGUGAGCAAUAAAUGUCCUCAAUUUUUACUAGUGUUUUGUAAGAUCUUGGAUUCUGGGUAUUUUUUUUUUCAAAAUUUAGUUUAGUACUAAUAUACUUUCUUGGAUUGUUGGUCGUGUAUAUAACUUUUGCUUUUCUCUUCUUUUUUGUUUCUGUUGUGGGGUGUCAAAAUUGACAAGAGUUUCUGUCAAUAUGUUAAUAAUUUUUUCUUUUGAAAUUCCUAUAUAGAAUUUUUGCCUAAGAAAAUGAAGGGAAUUUGAAGUCAUAUAGUAAUUUAGAGAUUUGUGUUUCUUGAUUCUUGUUAUAGUUGUUGGAAAGAAAUGAGGAGUGGUUGUUGUUUGUUGUUAUGUGUCAAUGAAGAAGAAGCAAAGUAAGUAAAGUAUUUUUGUUUGUUUGUUUUGUUUUGUUUUGUUUUUUUUUUUUUUGAUGAGGGUUUUGUUGUGCAAUAUCCACUGUCCUCCAUUCAUUUGCUUUUGCAAACCCUCCUCUGCUGCUGCUCAUCUGUACACUCCUGGGCCAUUGAAAUUGGAAAACACCCCACUUCCACAUGUUACUUCAACACUUGUGUCUGUUGUUACUCAUCAUGAUACCACCUCUCAUCAACUAUCUGGAGGUGGUGGUGAGGCCACUGAGGCUAAGGAAGCCAGUUCAGAAUCAGAUGGGAAUCAACAACAACAACAACAACAAGCUGAGAAUCCUCUCAAAAGCUGUAUCAGGAAGCCGUGUGCCGAGCACAAAGAGGUUGAAAAGAAGAAAGUACAAUGGAUUGACAACAUGGGGAAAGAACUUGUUGAGAUCAAAGAAUUUGAAUCCAGUGAUACAAGAGACACCAACAACAAUCAUGAGAAUAGAAGCUGUGUUUGUAUAAUUCUUUGACGCUGCUUAACCAGAAAAACAAGUUACUUGUUGCAUCUUCAGAUAUAUAUUCUUUGCUGCGGGUCCUCUGCUCUCAAAUUUAAGAAUUUUUCUACGACAACAGUUUGAUUUGGCUGAGACUUGGGAUGGGAUCCCUUUGUAAGAAAGAGAGGCUAUUGUUUCUUUAUACAGCUAUGUUGAUUCUUCUACCAAGAAUGAAAACUGCACUACUUGUUAAUCUUUUCUUCUUUUUUCCUUAUUUAUUUAUUUAUUUUAUCAUUCCUUCUCUGCUGUAAUAUCAGAAUAGUUUUAUUAAUUGAUAUUCUCCCUAGACGGAAGCUGAGGCAAUUUGGCAGUUUUGUUGGGACCAAAUAGAGAGCAACAUAUAUAUGAUUGAUAUUGACAACAAGAAGCUGAGUGGAAAUCCAAUUCCUUCCCAUGUAAAACCUUCGACUCCUUGAUCUCGGCCUCCUUCCUGUGGCAGUGGCAGUUCCUAUGGACAUGACACCUGAAUUUGCAUUCAGCGUAAAACCUCUGUUAUAUAUAUGAGCAUAGUAUGAAGCGAUCUUUUGGAUCAUUCAUUGUGUGCAUUUGUCCAUCCGUUGGAAUUUGACCCAAGAGCUUGGUAGGUGUUGGCUCACGUUCAGAGUAGAAGUGAGUUGAUGUAGCUUUGCAAGUGUUGGUAUGAUUGAGCGACAUGACUUGGAUGCCUGACAAGUCCUCUCUCUCUCAAAAUCACCAAAUUAAACUUGCUGGUGUCUCACCAGCAAGUCUGUUGAAUGCAGGAUAUGUUCAGUUUGUUCCUGAUGACGAGUAUAGUCUGGACUGAAUACAUACAUUAAUGUUCUAAUUUCUAUAUCUAAUAAAGUGGAUGUGGUGAUUCAAUAUUUUGCUCCUUCAA